AUGUUUGUAACUGUCCAGCACCGAGAGAAAGCAGGCAGGGGCGCCUCUGCCCGAGGCCGCGCGGUUGCCUGUAGCCUUCGGGGGGAGCUGAAGCCUCUGGCGCUUGUUCCCUCCUUUCUGCAGGUCACCAGUGAGAAGCUCUGCAGGGCCCAGCAGGAGCUGCACUUCCAGGCAGCCACGUACCUCUGCUUGCUCCGCAGUGUCCGGGAGCACUUGGCCCUUCACCAGGAGUACCACGGCAAAGGGGAGCGCUCGCCUGAGGAGGUUGCUGGCUUGGUGGGCUUCAGGCUGCCGCAGCAGCCGGGAGGAAAGGGUUGGGAUUCGUAGGAAUGCAAAUGCUUGCCAAGACCGCUUUACAAGGACUUGAGAAUGGUUGUGUUGUAUGUACUAUUUAUCUCUGAAUAAAUAUCCUUGAUUAUAGAAACUG